UUUUGACACAAAUGGUUAUAGACUUCGUGCUGUCCAUUAUCCGUAUUGUCUGUAGCAUACUUCUCCUCAUUGGAGCCAUUCAGAAGAAGGCUGGCAUGCUUCUUCCAUGGAUGGCUGUGGAAACCGUCGUGGAUGUAGGAGCGGCUGUAGCAGGCAUUAUCGUAUGCAUUGUUAAUUUCCCGCAUGACCGCACGGCUAUCAUCGGCUCUAUUGUGUAUGCCUCUACCGUCAUCUAUGUGUUGCUGGGUGGGUACUUCCUCGUAGUUGUCUACAGCUACUACCAGACUCUCUGCACCAACUCAGAUUCUGUCAGGCUUUUAGAGGACAGCGAGACUGCAGAGACUUGAAGAAAGGUGACUAGAGUUGGCAGCUUUAUUCGCCGUUACUUAUGUGAAAUGUGCC